AUGACGAACCCCUCGCUCGUUGCUUCGCCAGACGGAAUAAUAGCUGACGUUGGCCGGUCGCGCGACUUACAACCUGGCCGCCUGUUGCUCUUCGUCUCGCUGGCGUUGCUCGCCUUGUAUAUCAAGGCGUCGCGGCAUGACGGACGGACCGACUGCCCUCUUUUGAACCCACCCAGGUGGUAUGAGUGCAAAAUCAUAAAGCAGCUUCACUUCUUGUUCAACGGCAUAGAUGAGCUUGUCAAGGCCAGGCAUCUGAGCAAAGGAAAUCCCUUUCGACUCCUCACCAACUCACGCGAGAUUGUUGUCCUACCGCCUUCGUAUGCCCAAGUCCUCAGUACAGAAGACCGCUUGAGCUUUGCCAAGUAUUUUGCCGAUGAGUUUGACGGCGAUGGCAAAACCCCAGGCCUGGAGCCCUAUGCACUUAUUGCUGAUCCUUGCAAGAGAGUCUCCAAAUUAGUCACGAAGCGACUGACUAGAUCACUGAAUGCUAUUCCCAUAAAAAUGUCGGCUGAGGCUAGCUUCGCCGUCGAGCACAAUUUAGGCAGCCGGUUUGACUGGCAUGAAACAAGAGUUCACCCAAUGCUCUCUGACGUGAUUGCGCGCAUGAUAUCCCGUCUCUUCUGGGACGGCGACGAGGUGUGCCGCAACCAAGGCUGGCUCAAGAUCAUGAAGGACUGGUCCGUCAAUAGCGUUAUUGCAGCGUUCAUGAUCAACAUGGCGCCAAGGUUCCUGCGACCAUGUAUCCGUCGCUUCUCCAAGCGUGUUCACCAGGCUCGGGAUGAUUACCAAGCCGCGCGCGAUUUCAUUGAGCCGUUAAUUGAGGCGCGGCGCGCGACCCGCCAAACGGCCCUUGCUUCGGGAGAGGCGUUGCCCUCCUUCAAUGACAUUGUCGAUUGGAUCGAUUCCGAAAAUGACGGCUUGGCCUGUGACCCUGUGGCUCUGCAAAUGGUGUUGAAUGUAGCUGCAGUGCACACCACGGCUGCACUGGUCACCAACACCUUGGUGUUCUUGGCAAGCGAUCCCUCAACCUUGACACCUUUGCGAAAGGAACUGCAAGCAGAACUGCAAUCCAACGGCUGCCAAGCAAGUGCUCUGAACAAUCUCAAGCUUAUGGAUAGCGCUAUAAAGGAGUGUUUGCGCUUGAAACCCCCAGGUGUUUUCGGCAUGCAUCGAGCCGCUUUACAGGAUCUACAGCUUCCCAACGGCAUCAAGAUCCACAAAGGCGAUCGUGUGUUUGUGGAUAUUCCUCACAUGCGGGAUCCCAACGUCUACGAAUCGCCCGACGCAUAUGACAUGUAUCGUUUUCUGCGGAUGCGCUGGAGACCUGACCAAGCCAACAAAGCGCCCCUCGUCAACACGAGCCCCGACCACUUGGCAUUCGGACACGGAGUCCAAGCCUGUCCCGGUCGAUUCUUCGCGGCCGUGCUGAGUAAAGUAGUACUGUCCCAUCUUUUGCUCAAGUACGACUGGCAACUAGCUCCCGAAAGCGACACGACGUCACUGGCAAUUGGCCUGACAAGGCGCAUCAACCCUAAUCUCAAGCUGUUGUUUCGGCGUCGCGAAGAAGAGUUUGACUUGAAAUGA